CAGGAGAUUGAGAGGAGAUAUGAGAUUGUGCCCUCAGUGGUGUGCUCCAUGUGCUGCCUCUUUGGGAUCAUCUACUGCUUCUUCGGCUACCGAUGCUUCAAGGCUGUGUUGUUCCUCACAGGCCUCAUGUUUGGCUCUGUGGUCAUCUUCAUGCUGUGCUACAAGGAGAGGGUGAUGGACACUCAGCUAAGCGUAGAGGCAUCGGUUGGCAUCGGCCUGGGCAUCGGGACCUUAUGUGGCCUGGUGACCAUGUUGGUUCGCAGUGUAGGACUGUUUAUGGUGGGCCUGCUGUUGGGCCUGCUGGUUGGAGUGGCUUCACUGGUGGUCAUGGAGGAGUUUUACCACCCCAAAACAGUGUGGGUCCCUCUGGGCAUUCUUCUAGGUUCUGGGACCCUGUUUGCUGUCCUCACUCUUCAGUGGCAGCGCUGCUUUGUCACCCUCUCCACAGCCACCUUCGGCUCUGCCAUCAUCACUGUCACUGUGGAUUACUUUAUAGAGUUGUUUGCCUUGGUGCACUACAUCUACGAGAGACUCAAGGUGGCUCCAAAGAAGCCAGUCUGCUGGUUCACGUGGGUCAUUAUGGGAGUGUGGCCUGUCCUGGCUUUGCUUGGAGUGCUGAUACAAUGGAAAGUCACUGCAGAGGGAUUUUCUCACACAGAGGUGGUGUUGAGUCGACAACAAAGGAGGGUCCAGCUCAUGCGUAUCCGGCAGCGGGAAGAGAGGCUGAAAAAGGAGAAGGAGAACAAGAAGAAGAAAAAACCCCCAUGCCCAUCAUCACCACCACCAGCACCACCUAAAGUCCCUCCUCCUCCUCAGACUGAACCUGGCUACCAUCGCAAGGUCAACCCUAAGAGACGCUUUGAUGGAGACGUGCUGUCGCCAAGCUACAUCAGGAGUUUCAGGGACAGACAGACAGACAGACGAGCAUACUCCCAAAGUCGUAUGAUGAGCCGCUCCCGGAUGGCAGAACUUGACUAUGACUGUGGCUCUCAAGUGCCCCUCACGGCCCCCACCGGACCCCCAGUGCGCAUCUGA